AUGUCAUCCACCACUGCAUGCGGAACCUCCACAAUUCCGUCUUCUAUGGAACGAAAAAAGCACAAACGUCUGAACGAUACAAUAAUGAAGCCAGAAGACUUGAAAAAGUCUCGAGGAAUGCAAGGACCAUCGACUUCGGGAACCACAGGAGGAAUCAAAGCGAAGCUAAAUUUUGGACCGUCUGGAACUGGAAUACCUCCGAAACCAACAUUGAAUAGCUCAGUGAAUCCAUCUCAAUCCAGUCACCACGUUCGUCCCUUCCUUGAUGACAAAUGGAAAGAAUUCGGAGAAACGAUAAUUCUCAAUUUGGAAACGUUUGAAAAAAGUGUUGAAGAAGCGGUUUCAGCUAACAAUUUUCAAAAAGUAGCGAGAUUAUUCGUCGCUGCUUUAAAAAGUUUUGUGACAGGAGAUAAGCUGAAAAUCGAAUUAAGAAUUAUGGCAACGAUUAGUGCAACAGUGAAAAUACAUGGGAGCAAAUUGAAUCACAUACCUCUCCACCGUGGUCUCCUCUUCAUUCUCUGUCAUUCGAAAUCAUAUCCAGAGAAUGUUUUGGAGCUCCUAAUCACAAUAAUCACUUCAUUGCUCGAACAACAACAAAUUCUGGAUAAAUGCUAUAUUACAGCAUUCUUGAAUGAUUCAAUUGGCAUGAAUGUCGGAAUAGGAACAAUUAAUCGAUGCUCAUGGAUUGAAAACAAAUUUUCUAGAGAGCUUGUCGCAAGAAUUAUGUCUCCAUUUGGCACUUGUUUCCCAGAUCCGGAAAUGUAUACAAACUGUCAAGUGGAGAAUUUUCCGAUGUCUGAAUUUAUAAUCUUUUUUCGUCAAGUGAUAGGAGCAAACGGCAGACAAAGUCGAUUAGAUACUGGGCCUCGCUCAGAAGAAGAUAAAAAUCAAAUAGAAGUCUACCUAGAAUUUCUGAAACCAUGGUUCGAUACAAUUCGUGGAGAAGUCCUUCCGAAACCUUUGUUCCGUGCACUUUGUCUUCUAUGUGGUUCUGAACACGUCCGUUUUUUCAUUGCGAAUCGUCUUGAAAUCUGGAUAACUCUUCAAAAGUUCCACAGAGAAAUCAGUGAAUUGCUACUUGUUCUCGGCACAAAUAUCAAUGCAAAAAAUUACGAAUUGGAUAGAGAUGUUAUUGAUAUACUACUCAAGUUGAAUACUAAAAAUAUGAAGACACGGACGGUCGUUGGCCCAUUUACAGCUGCUUUAAAACGAAUUUGCGAGAUUCCUGCUAACGCUGAAAUUGUGUUGGAGUCUCUUUUCAUCAAUGAAACUGGUCCACCACAGAAUCGAUCUCCAACGAAUUUACAAACAAUUUAUAUGCUCUUGAGUAGUCAUCCAAUUGAAACAACACGAGCUUUGGCACGGAUAACAUCGAAAGAAUUGUUCAAAGAACGAGAUAAUUCAAUCAAAAUGUUACGUGCAUUCUUGAGAGAAUUGAUUCGUGGUUUUUAUCACUCCAGGCCGAUCGGAGACUUCCCGUUUUCCAUUUUUGCUGAGACAAUGUUCCAGGAAGUAAAGAAGCGGGGAGAGGCGGAUGAAAUUCCGGUGCUCGUCUGUGAUCUUGUCUCCCAAAUACCGCUCGCCACCAUCUCAUCACUUCUCCUGUCUCGUGAUACUGCUUUCUCCAACAAGUACAACAAUCCAUCGGAAUCCACGGGAGAAUCUCCAUUGAUCCCUCCGGAAGCUCGAAUUGCAAGAACUAAUUUUCAGACAGAAUACAUUACAUAUUCUGAGAAAGUUAUCGAAUUUCUGGCUGAGUCGAAACGUAUUUUCUUUGAUGAACACACUCAUAUAAGAAGUUUCUCACUUUUGUUAUUCCUGGAGACUCAAAGAGAACUGUAUACUAUGGUUGAGAUGGCUGCAGUGACCGAAUCGGAGAUUAAUAAUUGCGUCAAGAUUUUUGGAGAAUGUGGAAUUUCUGAAAAGAUGAUUUUGUUGAUAUGUCGUGAAGAAACUCAACUUCCACAAAAAUCUCUGCUUGAACUGGUAUCUGCUCUCACUCAACGUGCUGCAAUUUAUCACCCAUUGCAUUCUACACCUCAUCAACCACUUGUUCAAUUCACCAGUCCAUUCAAGCUAAUCGAUGCACUUCUGAAAAUGACAAUCUACCCGAAAUCAGAAUAUACACGUCAGACGCCAGUUUUAUGUCAUAAAAAAUUCUUUUGGACCGCAUGGAAUUCAAUCCUUCUAUGGGUUGGAGCUGGUACUGAAAUCUGCCCGUUCUUCAAGGAAAUCUACGAUGGCUAUGCGAUUCUCAGAUACAUUAUUCAAUGUAUUUUGACGAGAAAAUAUCAGUUCCCUCAAGCUUUCGAAGGAAAAUCGGCAGCAGAGAUGGCUAAACAAGAUGCGUUGACGAUAGUUAAUGAAGCAAAAGUGUUUAAACAGUUUGUUGGAGAAGUGCCUUCCCCAAAGGAUUCACUGAUUUUCCCAAAAAAAAACGAGUUCCGCGCUCCUGUUCUUCUCGAAGAAAUUCGCGUGUAUGCUGAAAAGUUCAACUUAGCCUCCAGAUUUGCUCGGUGCACCUCUCCACCACUUCUCUUUCUUCUCAUUUCAACUGUCGGCGCCCAGAAUUCUCUGUUCGCAGUCCGUGAAAUGUUAUCUUCUGAUGCCAAAACUGCUGGAAUACUCACUUCUGAAUGUGUGUUUCAUGCACUUAUGUUUUAUUUCGAUAGUCAACGGAAUCGAGAUAUUGAACACAAUUCAAAGGAUGUUAUCAAAGCGUUAAUACGAGAAGCCGAGCUGAAUCUGAAAUCGAAAGAACCAAUUGAAAAGGACUUUCUUCUAAACUCAUUUGUUUCCUCACUGGCAUCUCCAAAGAUAUCUGUUCGAAAUGCUGCUGUGAAUACGUUUUCGAAGCUGUUCCCAUCAGAUUCCGAAGAGAAACCAUUCGAUAUUAUUCAAUUAGCAAAAGUUCCACGGUUUGAAUCGAAAAAGUUAAAAUAUAUGGAAACAAUGGCAAGCGCAGUUCUGGUGGAAUCGAAUACUCACUUGGCAAAUGCAUAUAUUCAGUUUUUGACUGUGAAUGGAUUCGAAAGUACAGAUGAUCAUACGCUCGCUCGUGCUGUCUGCCGUGCGCUUACUAUCGAUUGCUUACCACUUCAUACAUCUUUAUGUGAAUAUUUUCUUCAAUACGUGGAUAUGUGCACAGAAAUCCAUAAAGUGACUGAUGUCAAAUCCUUGGAUGCAUCGCUCUGUUGUGUUGAUUUUGGAAAUCAUAAAGUUGCAUUGAGCCGAGAAGUUCCGAUUGCCGUUAUCAAAUUAUUGGCAAAAUAUGAUAAUAAUAAGAAAAAGAACAAUUUGCCGUUUGAGACUUUAGUUCAAAUAUGGCUCACUCCCGGUUCAAUCCCGAAAAUUGUAGACCGUAAAACCGGUGUAAUGCGUCGAUUAUUGAGUCUUCAGAUGAGAAAAGAGAUGCUAAAAUCGGUUGAGCAACGGGUUGUUGAUGCGGCAUUGGAGGAUUUAUCUGAAAAAGAUGCACAAGAAUUUGUGUUAGUUUCACGAAUGUCUAGAGAAACUGCAGAGAAAGUUAUCAAGAAGGCAGAAAAUAUGUCCAUAAAAGGUAUCCAACGUCCAACACUCUCGAAUAUGUAUAUUUUAAUACGUGGCUACCGUAUGCUUGGUGUUGAAUCCGGUGAAUCACUUGUAAAUCGAGUGAAAGAAGAACUUGAUCGUCUCGACACCGUAAUUUCGAAAGAAGAAACAAUGGAAGUUGACAUGGAACUGCUGUCGAACGACAUACCGUUGGAAUUCCUGUGUUCGUAUCAGAGUUCUGAGAACCAUUCAGUAUUUUCAAAUAUGAAAACAGGAAAAAUGGAACCAAGUGACAUAACGAAUUGGUUGAAAAUCAAUUGUGCCCCGGCGAAUGCGAAAUCCAUGAGCAAAGAUUCGAAGUUGACAUUCCAUCUUCCUUCGAUAUUCAUUCAAUCAUCGAUGAACGAAGAGAAAUGUUCAUUAGCAUGCCUUUCGUAUAUUGAAGCAAAUCUCAAAUACUUUUUAUCUCAUGAAUCAGCAUUUCAGACGUUGAUAGUUAUCAUAGAUUCUGCUGCAAAUAGGUUCGAUUUCGUCCGAAAACGUCUGGAAACUUUCGCUGUGAAGAUCCUCAAAAGUGUUUCCCCACCUGGAUCUGUCCUCGGAAUUCUUCAAAAACACGCCGCCAACUGCAUCAAAAUAACUCAAAAAGGCGUCAAAAAGAGCGUAGAAACCGCAUCCACAUUUGCUGAAUUCGCAGCUUCAAUCAGAAAAAUUGCGAUUUCGGAUAAUCGUGAAAUAAAAGAGAAACGAUUAGUUGAUGAUUUCAUGGCGACGUUCAUGGAAGACAAAGGAGAAGUCGUGGAUUCAGAAGACGUCAACGUCUUCAUCAGAAGUAUUCGAAAUGUAUAUUUCGGAGGAAACCCAGAAACGACUGCAGAAAGAUGCCUAUCGAAUCGAUGGAGUCCACAACUACGAAAAAUUGUUUGCACUUCAAUUUUGGAACGAUACAAACCAGAACUUUGUCCGAUUUUCGUAUUUCGACUGAUGGCCUCGUACUGUAAGAAGUUUCCAAUCGCUUCGUAUAGUGAAAUGUUCACAGUUCGAAAAGAUGAUAAAUUCGUAUUGAAUCGGAAUUCUUUCAAAACGAGUGUUCUCUAUUUUUGUGAUGUGGCUCUCAAAACUGAUGAAUACGAUCUCCCAAUUGUCAAUUUGAUUGCUGCAUUCGAAAAACAAGGCAGCACUCAAACAGGAUUCUACUUUGGUCAAGCUCUCCUCCAAACUUCUUGCGCUAAUACUAAACCGAUUAUUCGUCGAACAGCGAAACGUCUUCUUGAAACAAUGGGAGACCGACUACUGUAUCUUCAAUACAAAAGUGGUGUUGCCUCAUCUAUGAGAAUUCUGACAAAUGUAGAAUCUCGAGAAUCUUGCAUCAGAAGAUGUGAACAAAUUGUGGAUCGAUUGGUCGAAAUGCCAUUGGAUCCGAAUGCAGCUCUUUCAGAAGACAUAUGCGAAGAAGAUCGACAAACUAAAGAAGUGGCGUCUACAUCGAAAGAAUCCAGAAGUGAUGACAAUGAUAGAGAUCAAAAGUACAAUGGAAAACGUGGAUUGGAUAGUCGACGAGGUGGUCCACCUGCUAAAAAGGGACGGUACAUAACAGCAAAAGACUUACCUGGACCACUUGGAACGACUUCUGAAGCUGCCGAAGAGAGCACGUCUACUGAAGAUCAGACUCAAGCUGCGGUAAAAAGAGAAUGGAUAGCCACGUCCCAUGCGAUGACGAGAUUUGUUUCGUUGUUGAGAGAGCAUCCUAAUAUAGUUAAAAUGAAAUUUCCGGUGCUUGCCAACUACGUUUCCCGAGUGAAUGCAAUGUCACGAAAAGAGCUGAGAGAGGAGAAACGAAUCUCAAAAGUUGAAUUAAUUCUUCAAUCAGUUGUUGCUUUAUGCCAACACAUGAAACCAGAAGAAAUGAGUUCAGUCGAUACAGCACUCUCAAAUUGUCUGGAAUUUUAUGAGAAGCAUUUGGAUGAAGGAGGUUACGGUAUCAAAGAACAGACUGCUUUCGCUGAAUUAACUAUUCGAGCAUGUGCUGAAUAUUUGAAUCAUAGUUUCAUAGAGGCCCGUACAUUCCUACGAGACAAUCGUCAACUGGUUGAAAGAGUUUGCAAACGGUGUCACGAUCGAUACAAUGUUGAAAUGGUGCUCGACAAUUGUCAACCGAUUUCUAUUUGA